GCUAGAAUUUACGAUAAAAAAUGAGUCACAACAUCUGCUAAAUUCAUUCACCAAUUAAAAAACCGAAAUCCCCUUCAAAACUUUGUUUAUAGAAAAAAGAAAUCUUGAUAGCUUUCGUUUAUUUUUCUUUUAGAUAUCCAACUUUCUUUGCAAUAUGCUCUACAGAUCAACUCGUGGUCAAGCCAAAAACUACACUUUUGAGGAAGCCGUUAUGACCGGUUUAGGACCUGAUGGAGGUCUUUUUAUUCCUCAGGAAAUUCCUAGUUUGCCUACUAACUGGCGCCAAGCUUGGUCUCAGUAUUCUUUCCAACAGUUAGCCGUCGAGAUCUUAUCCUUGUACAUCGACGAUUCACAAAUUCCUCGUGCUGAUCUCACCAAGCUUGUUGAAAGUUCUUACUCCACUUUCCGUGCUGAGGACGUUACCCCUCUCUUUAAGGUGCGUGAUGGACUCUAUAUCUUGGAAUUAUUCCAUGGUCCCACUUUUGCCUUCAAGGAUGUUGCUCUUCAAUUUGUUGGUAACCUCUUUGAAUACUUUUUGGAACGUAAAAAUAGCAAAGAGCCAGCUGGUGGACAAACUCAUCGUUUAACUGUCGUCGGUGCUACUUCCGGUGAUACCGGCAGUGCUGCUAUCUACGGUCUUCGCGGUAAGAAAAAUGUGUCUGUUUUUAUUCUCCACCCCAACGGCCGUGUCAGUCCUAUUCAAGAAGCCCAAAUGACCACUGUUUUGGAUAAGAACGUGCACAACUUAUCUGUUGAAGGCACUUUUGAUGACUGUCAAGAUAUUGUCAAGAACUUGUUCGGAAACAAGGAGUUUAACACUCGUCAUCAUUUGGGUGCUGUCAAUUCCAUCAAUUGGGCUCGUAUCUUGGCACAAACUGUUUAUUAUUUCCAAGCUUACUUCUCUCUUUUACGCUCUUUAAAUAUCGAUCCCGCUUCCGCCGAAGCUGAUAAAAUCAAUUUCGAUUUUUCUGUUCCUACUGGUAACUUUGGUGAUGUCUUGGCCGGUUAUUAUGCUUACCGCAUGGGUCUCCCCACUAACAAGUUGUUGAUUGCCACUAACGAAAACGACAUCCUUUACCGUUUCUUUGCUUCUCAAGCCUAUGAAAAGCAAACAGGUGAAGAUGGUGGCGUGAAGGCAACCUUGUCUCCUGCUAUGGACAUUUUAGUCUCCUCCAAUUUUGAACGCUUGUUGUGGUAUCUUGCCCGUGAAACCGGCCCAUCAGAAGGUAACGCGGAAGAGUUAUGUGACAAAGCAGGUCAAACUGUUAAUGGUUGGAUGAAAGAGCUCAAGGAGGAAGGCGUUUUCCGUGUAGCUGAUAAAGCUGUUUUAAAGGCUCGUGAAAUUUUCGAUGCUGCCCGUGUUACAGAUGUAGAGACCUCUGCUGCUAUUCGUGCCUUCUACGAACCUAAGAAUACAGCUCAAACACCUUAUGUCCUUGAUCCCCAUACUGCUGUCGGUGUUGCCGCUGCCGAAGAAUAUAUCCAACGCGAAAACCUCAAGACUUAUCCUUCUGGACCUGAUGUUCUUAUCUGUUUAGCUACUGCUCAUCCUGCCAAAUUUUCUGAAGCUGUUGAAAACUCACUUAACAGUGUUGCUGGGUUCAACUUUGAAAAAGACGUCUUACCUACUGAAUUCCAUGGUUUAUUAAAUAAGGAACGCAGAGUUACUCAUGUUGAGCGCGCCGAUCCUCAAUUAAUCAUCCAAGUUAUUGAAAAGGAAUUACGCGAAGAAGGUAUCUCCUUCUAAAUUUCUGUAAAAUUAUUCCAUCCUUCACCUCACAAACUACAUUUUUCAAAACCACAAUUUUCAUUCAUAUCAUAGAUUGUUUUUCCUUAAUAAAUUAUUGCAACACU